CCAAGCCGAAAUGAACCACAUUCUACGCCCACUUUUGGACGAAUGCGUGGUGGUGUACUUGGACGACAUCCUCAUCUACUCGCGCGACAUGAAGCAGCACGUUGAACACCUACCCCGUGUCUUCGAAAUUCUGCGACGAGAAGGAUUCUACAUCAAACUAUCCAAGAGUGAAUUCGCCCUUGAGAAGGUUCAAUUCCUAGGCCACUUGGUGAACGCCCAAGGAGUUCACGUCGACCCCAAGAAAAUCGAAGCCGUACGUACGUGGAAGACACCCGAGAACGUGAAGGAGUUGCAGCAGUUCCUACGCUUCGCUAAUUACUACAACAGGUUCGUGCCACAGUAUGCGAAACUCGCAGCACCACUCACGAAUCUGCUGAAGAAGAACACGCCCUAUAAAUGGGAGACGAAGCACCAGGAAGCCGUGGAGCAGCUGAAACGAGCACUGACGUCCGCACCAGUACUCAUCUUGCCAGAUCCCGAACGCGACUAUGUCAUCGAAGCUAACGCCAGCGACCAAGCAGUGGGAGCUAUCUUGAUGCAAGACCAGGGGAAUGGACUGCAACCAAUCGCCUACCUCAGCAAGAAACUGCACGGGGCAGAACUAAACUACCCAAUACACGACAAAGAGGCCCUUGCCAUUGUCAUCGCCUUCAAAGCGUGGAGAUGUUAUCUCGAAGGACGCAGAACAACCGUCUACACCGACCACUGUAGCCUGAAAUAUUUGAAGACACAACCCAACCUUUCCAAGCGACAGGUCCGGUGGAUCGACUUCCUCGAGACACACUUUCACUACGACAUCGUGUACAAGCCCGGCCACAAAAACAAAGCAGACGCCCUCAGCCGGCCUGCACACCGGAUGAAGAGCAGUAAGCAGAAGAAAGCAGGACUGCUACAGCCUCUUCCUGUCCCAGAACAACCAUGGCAAGUGGUUAGCCUGGAUUUCAUCACCGGGUUACCACCUACCACCAGCGGUCAUGACGCAUCCUUGUCGUCACCGACAAAUCCUCUAAAAUGGGACACUUCAUCCCGACACACACGACGGCACACACCGAGGAGACAGCACAACUCUUCGUUCGCUACAUCAUCUCAUAGCAUGGCAUUCAAACUACACUUAUCUCCGACCGAGACCCCAAGUUCACCAGCAAGUUCUAGAAGGAACUCAUGUCUCUGCUCGGGACCAAAUUCGCCAUGUCAUCCGCAUACCAUCCGCAGACAGACGGACAGACCGAGCGCCUCAACCAAAUUGUUGAGCAACUCCUCCAAGCAGCCUGUAAAGACGAGAUCUCCAAAUGGGACUUGCACCUGCCCGUUCUGGAGUUUGCUUACAACAACGCUACACAUGCCGCUACUGGACAGACGCCGUUCUUCCUGUGCUACGGACGCCACCCACUCACACCACAGAAACCGACAACAUCAGCAACAGACCUCCUGACUUGUUUAGCCUUAUCUCCACACU